CAGGGUGGCGGGCGGGCGAGAGGGGGCGGGGGCUCGAAGACGUUCAAGAGCGAAGAAAGAAAAUGGUCGGAAAGGCCUGAGAAGCUCGUCGUCUCACAGAGAGUGACGGUGUGCGGAAGUCGGGGAUUGUGCGCUGCUGCUGCGGCCUUCGAGAGAUAUGGAGGGCGCGGCUGUUGCUCUCAAGCGGUUCCUGGAGGCGCUGAUUGCAGCUUGUUUUGCGGUUUGGGCGGUCUAUUGGAUUCUCGUGCCGCUGGGAUAUGGCAAGAGGUAUAUGGCAGGAGUGGACACCGACAUGACCUCGAAAUUUAUGGGAGCACCAGGAUCAGUCUUCAUCUUCCAAGCUGCGCCCAUCCUCCUGGCAGCGAUUCUGAGCUUCGUCGUCAUUGAGCUGAGAAAACGAACACCCUCCGAUCGGAUCCUGAGGAGGGAAGGCCCUUCACUGAAACUGAAGCACGCAAUGCACGCCGUCGUAUUCGCCAGAAGUCCUCUGGGAGUUUUGACGGUCAUCGACAUCAGUUUUCUCGCGUUCAUCUUCUCUCUGGUGCUAUGGAGCUUCGCUAAGAGUUCGUAUGUCGAGGUCAGGGACGUGAAUCGAAGCCCUCAUAUUACGGGAGCUCCUGCCAAUUGGACGAUCGACUUCGUGGAGAUUUCGGUGAAUCUGGCGAGGUCAGCACUCAUUCCCUUCGCGCUGCUCUGGAUUCCUGUCACUCGAGGGUCGCCGCUGCUGCGCGUGAUCAGGCUGCCGUGGGAGCAUGCUGUUCGCUACCACAUAUGGCUCGCGCAAAUCGCUCUGUCUCUCUUCGCGGCCCAUGCCGCAACAUUCAUCGUCUUCUUCGCAGCCAACCACCAAGUGAAGCACGUUUUCACGUGGAGAACCAGUCCCGGAGCAGCUGUAAUCUGUGGGUUUUGUGCCCUGAUUAUCGGAUUGGUGAUGUGGUUGACGGCACUGCCCAUCGUGCGGAGAAAGCAGUUCGAUCUGUUCUACAAUAUCCACCAGUUCUACGUGGCCUUCUUCAUCCUGUUCGCUUGUCACGUCGUUUCCGCCGUGUACUACGUGGCCAUUCCCGUCCUGCUCUACUUCAUCGACCGCUUCAUUCGGCUCGUCCAGUCUCGGAAGAAUGUGGAGAUUCUGAAAGCCAGACUUCUCCCUUCCGGCGCAGUGGAGCUCAAGUUCCUCACACCUCCAAACUUCGUAUAUCACCCAUUGAGCGUGGUGUUUGUGCUGCUGCCGAGCGUGUCGAGGCUGCAAUGGCAUCCCUUCAGUGUGACCUCGAGCCGGCUGGACAAGAAGAGCGAGCUGUCGAUAUGCAUCAAGCCUAUCGGAGGCUGGACUCGAGGCAUCACGGACAUCUUCUCGGGGCGAAAGGUGCAUCGGUGCCCCUUCUCGUUCAAGGCCUCCCUGGAAGGUCCUUAUGGAGAUGAAGCCGAUUUCUACUUGAAUUACAAAACGUUGGUUCUCAUAGCUGGGGGCAUAGGGAUUACACCUUUCCUGGCGAUCUUGCGGGACAUCCUCUACCGAUACAAAAUGAAUCAGGAAGGGCUGCCCGAGGUGAUCAAUCUAUUCUACUGCGCGAGAAAACCCAUUGACCUGGCGAUUCUGAACACGCUCGACCCCAGAGAUAUUCUUCCCGACUUCCAGAGCAUAGUGAAAAUCAGGAUCCACGCCUACUGCACCAGCACGACCAUCGCCGACUACCCGGCCAGUCUGGAGAAUAAGCCCUCGGGAACCGUGGACCUGGAAACUUACGGCGGCUGGAGCUUCGUGUACGCCAAGCCCACCUUCGAGAUCCAAACACAGGCUCCGGAUAUCCAAGGCGUGUCGCUCCUGUCGGCUGCGGGCAGCAGCGUGUGGGUUGCGACCACGAUCGUGGCAGCCAUACUGGGAUUCAUGGUUCUCUGGGGCUUGGCCAAUGUCAUCUUCAUUCACCACAACGAAGCUCACUACAAGAACUACAAAGAGUCUGUGCUGUUUCUGGCCAGUGCCAUCUUGGCCGUGGUGGUGUGCGGAGGUUGUGUCAUACUGUUGUGGUCCAUCACUCUUUCCAGGGCCGACGCAUCCCAAGGCAUGUGCACCUCUGGCUGCAAGGGGCUCAAGAGCACUCACGUUCGGAGAAGUAACCUUCAGUCGCCGAACCAUGACCUCGAAUCCGCACAUCGCUCGCCGUGGAGAGGAGAUCUGCAUCUGGGUUUGAGGCCCAACUGGAACGAAGUUUUCGAUCAGCUGACAAAGCACUACGACGGACAGGAGGUCGGGGUUUUGGUGUCAGGGCCGGAUAAUUUGAAGUCGGAUGUGGCCCAGGAAUGCGGACACCACACAGCGUGCAGAGGAGCAGUCAAUGCUGUUUUUCAUUUCCACUCUGUGAGCUUUGAGCUUUGAGGUGAGACUAGUGAGUGACUCUGAGUAGCUAGCUGGCUGACGAAGGAACAUUAUGAAGUUUCCUUAACGUGAGAGAAUGCCUCCCAUAAUAUGUGUCACUGCAGCGCAGUACAUGUUUCAAACUACUGUAGGCCAGACGGAUUGAUUGCCGGGAACGUAAGAUCUGAGCUCCCUUCGAGUGAGAUUGUACAUACAAAUAUUCAACACAAACACGGAUCGCACAGUUCAAGUCCAUGGCCGUACGGUCUACGCGUAUGGUACACUGCAAUUUGAGCGCAAACGU